AUGGCAAGCACGGAAUUGAAGCAAUGGCUUACUCAAAUGGCUUGGGCUGGACGCUGCUCAAUUAAGGCGCGGUACGUGCGCUAUAAGAAUAACCAUCAACGAUUACCUGCCAAAAGGUUGAAGGGCAUCGAUUCCAUUGCGCCUUCUAAGCUGCUCAAGAAGAAGGUGAUCGUCAACAAGGACGUUUCUUCCAUUAGCAUACCUGCUCUUCAAGGACUCAUAUUGCAGGACAUUCAAUCGCAAAAUAUCAUAUUCGAGUUUUGUAAGCCGAGCCAUCGUGUAUUUCUUUCUAAGAAGUCCCCACAGAUCGCGGAUCAGGUUAAAUUACAGAAACCUCUCGAGAAUGAAUUGAAAUUCAGAAGUCUCUUCCAGAAUGUGGUUCGGGAUACUUACGGAAGUGAGGUCUUCCCUGAUUUUGAGCUCAUCGGUGACCAAGUUUCCAGGAGAGCAUUUUUCGCUAAUACCCUACAGCUGGCAGCAAUUCAGAAGAACGGCGAACGCCGAAAUAUUAGUGCCUUGUGGCCUUCACUAGAUUUGAGUAUGGGCUGCAGAGGCAUUGCACUGUCGAAAACACCUCAAAGCGAGAAUUUGUCAAAAGUAAUACAUCCUAUCACGCUUCAGGAGCUUCCAGUCUUUUUUGCCUUCGAUUCACAAUGCACAACUGGCGCUCUCUCUUUAUUUCCAUCUAUGGUCAAAGAGCACGCAAAAUAUUUUGAAAGAGAUUUAUUCACAGAGACGGUCUUCCCGACGAGGCGUUGCACUGCACAUGAGAUGGCCACGAUGCUUUCAAUAGCUUCAAACUUACAAAAAGGUACUCCAGCUAAAAUGAGCGACUACUUAACGGUAAGCGAUUUGUCGACGAAAGCGUCUAAUAGUCUGAUACACACUCCUCGUACCGUUUCCCAACUUCUCGGUGCACUUGAUAAGGGCUCGUUUCGAAAAACGGCUCCAGAGGGUCAGCGUGGGAAAAUGUGUUCAACUGAUAUUCUUAGAGGAUCAGUUAUCUCCAAUAAAGUGACGGAUGUUGGCAUCAAGGAAGAGUAUUGCAAAAUUAGCAUUUUAUACUCAAUCUUCAGAAACUCACGAAGAAUGGCAAUUCGUUUCCAAGAGGUAAAAGCAGCUGAAGACGCUAAUGAGUUUCUUGCAUGGGAUAAAGCAAUACUUGAGAAACUUUCAGAGUUGAAUGGCUUAGCAGAGCCUCAAAGCUCGGACGACAUGGUAGUUUUGAAAUACAAGUUCGAUAGCUUCAUGAAGGCUCUUAACAGCUACAAUUGUACAAUCGUUGCCGAAGCGAGAGCUUAUUAUGCUGAUAGUUCUAAACCACCAAGUGUGCGGCAAAAGACGAUGAUGCGUGUUUUGAGCUAUGUCGUCUCCGAAAAUAGGUGGUUGCCGCACAUUUAUCCUAAUUUAUACGAUGAAAUAAAUCGUGGCAUACCAGAGAGUUUGCCAACUAUAGAAGACAUUGGCUUUUCAGGUGCAAAUAAAGGUCAAGAGCUGUUUGCGUUAUGCGAGAUACUGCUGGGUUUUGAAGACACGGCAAUUGAAUCGACUAGACGAGAGGAAUCAAAAUUGAAGAAUAUCGACGAACGGACACAGCUGAACGACUUUAAGCUUGUAGUUCUUACUUCAAAUGAAAACUUCGUACCUCACGAAGAACUUUUACGUGCCACCACCAAAUUACCCUUCCAAAUGGUUAAGGAUACGCAGGAAGUGACCCGAGUAUCAUUUUCGGAAUGCAUAGCGAAAACGUCAUGUGCAGGCGACACUAUCGUAUAUUUGUACAAGACAAAACGAACAUCGGGCGCACGAUCCAAAAUUGACGCAAUCUUGUCUGAUGCAUUGCACUCCACAAAAAGUAUCGAGAAGAUGUCUAUUUAG